UUGAGUUUGGGUUUCACGCCUUCAGUUUGUGUCAAUGUGACAAAUUUCUUUCCAUGCGUGUGAGAAGGCAAGACAUCGAUAGCCUUCAGCAUGAUGAUUAAAUGUAUUUGUAUUUGAGAUAGAAACCUGACAUCAGAGGUCAGAGUUCACCGUGCUGUCACCGAGUCUGGUCGGUACCGGGGUUCUGUUUUGUUUCAGUCCCUCCUCUUGUCUGGGUGCUCUGACGUAGCGCUCGGCGUGUCCCGCCGGGGAGGGGAAGGGCGGUGCUGUGGCUGCCUAUAUUGCCGAGCGCUCCGAAGUGUUUUGCCCCCUCUUUGCUUUGAGUUUCGACGAGUGUUAAUCGCAAAGUGAUCCGGGCCGGGGGAGACAUGGCUGGAUAUUUGAAAGUCCUCAGCACUCUUUCGAGGUCUGCCGGUGCUGCUUUCUCCAAAAACCCCGCGGUGCUUGCGCCGGCUGCAAACUGCCAGACUUUGCAACAAAGAAACUAUGCCGACAAACGCAUCAAAGUGGCCCAGCCAGUGGUGGAGAUGGACGGAGACGAGAUGACCAGGAUCAUCUGGGAGUUCAUCAAAGAGAAGCUCAUCCUGUCUAAUGUUGACGUCGAGCUGAAGUAUUAUGACCUGGGUCUGCCAUACCGUGACCAGACUGAUGACCAGGUCACCAUCGACUCUGCCCUGGCUACUAAGAAGUACCAUGUGGCGGUUAAAUGUGCCACCAUCACACCAGACGAAGCCAGAGUGGAAGAGUUCAACCUGAAGAAGAUGUGGAAGAGUCCCAACGGAACCAUCAGGAACAUCCUGGGCGGCACCGUCUUCCGUGAGCCAAUCAUCUGUAAGAACAUUCCCAGGCUCGUUCCAGGCUGGACACAGCCCAUCACUAUUGGCAGACACGCCUUUGGUGAUCAGUACAGAGCAACAGACUUUGUUGUGAACAAGCCCGGCAAAUUCAAGAUCAUCUUCUCGCCUGCUGAUGGUAGCGCAGGCAAGGAAUGGGAGGUCUAUGACUUCCCUGCUGGUGGCUGUGGAAUGGGCAUGUACAACACAGAUGAGUCUAUUACAGGCUUUGCACACAGCUGCUUCCAGUACGCUAUUGGCAAGAAGUGGCCACUGUACAUGAGCACAAAGAACACCAUUCUUAAAGCUUAUGAUGGCAGAUUUAAGGAUAUCUUCGAGGAUAUCUUUCAGAAGCACUAUAAGCCUGAGUUUGACAAACUGAAGAUCUGGUAUGAGCACAGGCUUAUUGACGAUAUGGUUGCCCAAGUGCUGAAGUCCUCUGGAGCCUUUGUGUGGGCUUGCAAGAACUACGACGGAGAUGUUCAGUCUGAUAUCCUUGCACAGGGUUUUGGCUCUCUGGGACUGAUGACAUCAGUUCUGGUGUGCCCUGAUGGCAAGACUAUUGAGGCUGAGGCUGCCCACGGCACUGUGACCAGGCACUACCGCGAGCACCAGAAGGGAAGACCAACCAGCACAAACCCCAUUGCCAGCAUCUUUGCCUGGACCAGAGGCCUGGAGCAUCGCGGGAAACUCGAUGGCAACCCUGACCUUAUCAAGUUCUCCCAGACUCUGGAGAGAGUGUGUGUUGAGACUGUUGAGAGCGGAACGAUGACCAAGGACCUUGCAGGCUGCAUCCAUGGCCUGUCCCAUGUCAAGCUGAACGAGCACUAUGUCAAUACUACAGACUUCCUCGACGCCAUCAAGACAAAUCUGGAUAAAGCCCUCGGCAAGUGAAGGACUUGAAAGAAUAUAGUUAGCCUGGAGAUGGCAAUGUCACUCUUCUGUUUUUUGUACCUCAUUUUUAACUUGAAAGGUCAAUCAAUCCACUUGCAUUUCUGAAGGACAAAAACUGUGCUGUCUAUAGGAGUAUGUAGUGUUCUAUAAGGUUAUUAAACGGUUGAGCGCUGUCUUUCCACCUGAUGUCUCCCUAACUAUCUGUCCCGUUAUUUGCAAGGUUUUAUUUUUGUAAUGUGAAGUACUGUAUUCAAUACUGUGUAAUGCCUUGGGCAAGACUGAAGCCUGUGUCAAACAUACUUGCCAAUAAAACCCCUUGUUUGA